ACUCAGGAAAAGUUCAAGUUUUUCUACCACUCGGUGUUUUGUAAGUUGCAUUUUUUCUGUCUUCUUCAGGCGUCUCAGUUCGACAUCUCGCCAGAAAUGCAGAAGGAUAUCAGUAAGCUGAUGACAACAAUUAGUGAGUUGGAGCGAAAAAACCUUGACCUGUCACUGCAACUGAAAAAGCAAAAUGAAGUGACUUCAUCAACGCCGUCCGAAAAAUGCUCGUUUUGUUUCUGCUUGCAUUUAAAACUUGUCAGUUCUACUUUCGCUGCACUCAUCUCUCAGGCUGAGUUGCGCAUAGAGAGAGAACAUAAAAAAAUCAUGGAAAACGAGUUGAUGGAGCUGAAAAAGAUGAUGCUGCAAUCGGACAACCAAAAGCUCAUCUCAAUGGCCACAAAGGUUGAGCUGCUGAACAACCAGCUAUUACUCGUAAACGAUCGCUGUGCAAAUCUGCAUCGGAAAAUCGUCAAGGAGGGAAGCUCUCAUACCGCUUAUAUGGAUGCGCUGAAGCACAAGUGUGAAGAUCUGGAACGCCGACUCAGUGAACAAAAAGCUAGUGUCGCGGUCACUGGCCUGCAGAUUGAUAGCGCAACCACCGAUGAGGUCUAUUGUUCAGAUUUUUUCUUUUACACAGUUUGCAGCGUGCACUGCAACUGGCAGGUAAUGAAACAGUGA